AUGGCGUCCGGCUUUGUCGCAAGAGGGAGCUCACCAGCAUGGGAAGAGCUCCCGCACGCUGGGAUAGCCUUGGAGCCGUGUGUCUGCUGCACAGCAGCAUGCUGGUCCGAGUCCUCACGUUGCGACAGCAAAGCUAUCUGCACAAAUGGCCGCAGGACCCUGAGCUCCGAGCCGAAUUGCUGCCAGGUCGAUCAUACUGCAGACAUCUUCACGCUGUACGGUACGCUGAGAGCGCAACAGUCAGGCACGCAAGUUGCUUCAGACAGAGCCAAGGCCAAGCUUUGCGAGGAGGAGCUGUCAGAGAGUGAGUCGGAAAAGACACACUGCGAUUGUGCCUGGGAAAAUGUGGCUCGGCAGUGA